GGACAGGCAGGCCGAUGGCGAUCUUCUUCCUGUUGGCUUCGUUUCCUCCGCCCAGGAGGGGCCGGCUGCCCUUGUCUUGGGGGCUGCAUCGCAGGAGUCGCGGUAAUGCCCUGUUGCAUGGCGAAUAGUUUGGGGCUUGCUGCACGUGCGAAGAGAUGAAGGCGGAAGAGGAGCGGGUCGUCGCCGCUGCUGUCGCCCCUCUGCCCAAGCUGCUCUCUGCCCUCUUCUACGGAGCCUGCUCUUUCUUGAUCGUUCUGGUGAACAAGGCGGUGCUGACUGCUUACAGAUUCCCAUCUCCAUUGUUUCUGGGAGUUGGACAGAUGGUGACCACGAUUCUGAUCUUGUAUGUGUCAAAAUUAAAUAAAAUCAUUCACUUCCCUGAUUUUGACAAAAAUAUCCCUAAGAAGCUGUUUCCACUUCCUCUGAUUUAUGUUGGAAAUCACAUAAGUGGAUUGUCAAGCACAAGCAAGCUAAGCUUGCCAAUGUUUACAGUCCUUAGGAAGUUUACCAUUCCACUUACAUUACUGCUGGAAGUCAUGAUACUUGGGAAGCAGUAUUCAUCGAGUGUUGUACUAAGUGUGUUUGCAAUCCUCCUUGGGGCUUUCGUAGCAGCUGGAUCUGAUCUGGCUUUCAGUUUGGAAGGCUAUGUUUCUGUGUUGCUGAAUGAUAUUUUCACUGCUGCAAAUGGCGUUUACACAAAGCAAAAAAUUGACCCCAAGGAGCUGGGAAAAUACGGAGUCAUUUUUUAUAAUGCCUGUUUUAUGGUAAUUCCAACAGUUCUCAUCAGUUUUUUCACUGGGGACUUCCAGCAGGUCACUGCUUUCAAGCAGUGGACCAAUGUUUUAUUCAUUGGACAAUUUCUGCUUUCCUGUAUACUGGGGUUUCUUCUGAUGUAUUCUACGGUUCUCUGUAGCCACUAUAAUUCUGCCCUCACAACCACAGUGGUUGGUGCUAUCAAGAAUGUGUCCAUAGCAUAUAUCGGAAUGCUGGUUGGUGGAGACUACAUCUUUUCUGUGUUGAACUUCAUAGGGCUCAAUAUCUGCAUGGCAGGGGGACUGAGAUACUCAUUUCUAACGAUACAGGGACAGGACAGCCCUAAGCACCCAACAGAUGAAGAAAAUCUAAUGCCCAUUGCCAAGAGCUAGCAAAAUGAAGUUAUAUGAAAAGCCAGAAGAAUGCCUGCUCUGGUGGAAAUCAGGCAAGCACAUGCAGGAAUGGGACCAGAAUAAGACUGAAUCUACCUCACCGCGUAUUGUGGCCCAAGGCAUCAUCGGCUGGGACCGAAUUUGACAUCUGGAAAGCAGUAGUCAGCAGAUGUGCUUGAUUCUUACGUAUCAGGAUGCAAUAAUGCAGUAUUUUUGCACUCUCCUUGAGACAGCUAGCAAGUUAGGUGAUACUUUGUUCCUGCACAGAAAAUUCUUGUGUUUAGCUAAAUCCAAUUUUUCCCCUAAUUUUACAUUGUCAGAGCUCUUAACUGUCAAAAUGCUCUCAUUUAAAUACAUUUGAUUUGCUGCUAAGUUAUCUCGUUGUUGACUGUGGAAUCUAGAAUAAAAUGCUAGCUUAAACUAUAAGAAAGGUUUAGAGGUGUGCAAACAGAAUUGUCAAGUUGCUGCUCUUUCCAAAAGUGAGCACACUUCUACAGCCUGUUCAGAGCUUAAUGUGUUGCUCGACUUACAGGUAGCUGGCUGAUGCAUCGUCUUUUCUUGUGGCUCCAUCCGCCUCUAUAAUGGUACAGCUCAAAGUGCAGCGAGUACUCAUGCAGAAGCCUUAUCUCCUGGGUCAACCCCUGCUGUACUACAGGGUCUUAAAGUGCACAGCCUGUAUCAUCCCAGGAAUGUCCCCACCAGCCUUUUUUGUGCACUUCCUUGUACACAUAGCUAAGUACUGACUGCCCUAAAAGCACAUCUGAUACCGGAAAUAUGUUGUGCCUUAAAUGCCUUGAAGUCAACCUUGCACUCUCUGUAUGGAAUAAGGGCUUCUUCUCUUAUCAUGGCAGUUGUGUUUCCUUAAUUCUCUCUGUGAUGCUAUUACUGUUGGUGAAAUCAAAGCCUUCUUCCAGUCAUCUGUUCUGUACUGUCACAGCCUUCCAUCUUUGGCUUAGUUGAGAGAAAGCAAUGAGAGAAAGCCAAGAGAGCACGAAAAGUUAUGAAAGAGAGCUGUGCAGAUGCCCUAAAACACAUUUUCAAGAACGUUCCCUUUUAAUGCCACGCACUGCUUGUUGAUGAUGACUGGGAUGUGCAAACCCAGGACAUUCUGGACAGGUGGCAUAAAAUGAUAUUAAAAAGAUGCCCUGUUGUU